UUUAACACAUUGUGAUUGAGCUAUUAUUAGAAGCAAUGGAUUAUCAAUUUGGAUUAAGCCCUGAUUGAUUUGUAUGUCCCAGCUUGAAAAGGAUCACACUUUGUUUGUUUUCAUCUCUAUGAUGAUAGUCCCAUGUGUGUUUUCCUUUUUUUUUUGUCAUGAGUUGUGAGAGAUUCUAGCAUCUUGACCCUCCUAGGAUUUGAGGACACCGCCUAUGAAGACAUUCAUUUAUUUAGUUUCUUCACUCAAAUCAUCUCCCUCCUCCUCUUCUCUUUGCCUGACUGGCUACUGAGCUGAGCUGACUGGCUGGCUGGUUGGCUCCCCCUCACACUGGAGGCUCACCAUCAGAUCCCUCAUUCAGAGUGCGAGCUUCACCGAGGCAGAGUGGGAGGCAGACGCUUGGGCUCCUCUGGGUUCAGCACAGACAACUGACCCUCAAUCCUGUGCUGCAUCCAUGACUUUGCAUACCUGGUUGGUGUAUGGAUUUACUUUGGUUUGGAUGCUCUGCUUGACACAAGUCCAGGGUCUGCAGUGCUAUGGCUGCAACAUCAUCCACGGCCAGAGGUACGUGGACUUGGGAUGCUCUAACCCAGAGGUCAUCACCUGCACCCACUCACACAAUGGCUUUAAACAUCGUUUCUGCAUCAAGACAGAAAGCACGGCCCUUGGUAUCGCCCUGACCAGUGGUUGUGCUACAUCCAGACACUGUCAGCAACAAGAGCUGCCGGGGGUGCGAAUUCACUGCUGUGACUCCGACUUGUGCAACAGCACCCCGCUGUGGCAUCCAAGCACACUCCACUAUGUCUGCACGCUGGGUGUCCUGCUGCUGAGGAUGUGGUGGUGAUGUGAAGCUGCAGUCGGGACAAACCUACAUCACUGAAUUGCGCAUCUCACCGGCUCAAUGAGUGUGGUUAUUCAGAGUGGUGUUACUGGAAAGCAGCUCUUAGAGAUGGUUCUGUCACAUUGUUGGCUUGGACUAAGAAUCACAGAGAGGAAACACAAAAUAACCCAUAAACAUGUUUGAGGAAAAGAAUGAGGUAACAUCUUAAACCCAUCAGAGAAGUUCUAGUGCACUUACACUUAUUUUAAUGUAGCGUCAAAUAUGUCAUUUUAUGGAACAUUUGUGUUAGAGUUUUACUGUCUGUUCAGUAAAAAGAAGAUUUAACCCAUAAUACCCAUAAAUAACCCAUAAAUAAAACAAAAAUAAAUAAGAAAUAACCCAUAAUUAACCCAUGAAAACCAUAAAUGACCCACUGCAAUGCUGAUUUCAGCUUUACUAAGUCUUACUUCUACUUGAAGGCCUAUCUUUUUUCUGUUUUAAGAAGCAUUUUUCAAGAUCCAACGUUAUGCUUGGUGUGGUCUUUUAAAGUCACAGGCUAUUUACUUUACACAAUAAAAUAUAUUUUAUUCAGCUUAUGUUGCAGUACUGCAGGCCAGCUGGUGGGAAACAAACUUCAUGUAAGUCUUCUAUGAAAUGUUGGUUAGUGAAAGCAUGUAAUAUUGUGAAUUACAUCAAUAAAUGUUUGAUAUUUUUAAAAGUAAAA